CCCAAAUACAGCAGUUGCUGCUGGACCCUGGGACAGACAAAGGGCCUCAGCCACAUUCCACCGCCAGCCCCAGCGGAGGGAGCCGGGCCCAGCUACCAGGUGCCUUGCCUGCAGCUCUGGCUCAUCCUGAACUGCACCAUGGCCUUCUCUGAGCUCAUGGACCGAGUGGGCAGCAAGGGCCCCUUCCAGUUCCUGAACACAGUCUUGCUCAGCCUCCCAAUCCUCUGCCUGGCCAACCACUACCUGCUGCAGAUCUUCACAGCUACCACGCCGGCCCACCACUGUCGCCCGCCCCCCAACGCCUCCACAGGGCCCUGGGUGCUCCCCAAGGGCCUGAAUGGGAAGGCUGAGACGUGCCUCCGUUUCAUCUAUCCACCCAACGCAAGCCUGCCCAACGACACCCAGGGGGCCACCGAGCCGUGCCUGGACGGCUGGGCCUAUGACCUCAGCACCGCGGCCUCCAUUGUGACUGAGUGGGACUUGGUGUGUGACUCCAGAAUACUGAAGGAGGUGGCCCAGUCUGUCUUCAUGGCGGGUACACUGAUUGGAGGGAUCGUGCUAGGAGACCUGUCAGACAGGUUUGGCCGCAAGCCCAUCCUGACCUGCAGCUACCUGCUAUUGGCAGCCAGUGGUUCAGGGGCAGCCUUCAGCCCCAACGUCUCCAUCUACAUGGUCUUCCGCUUCCUGAGUGGCUGGAGCAUCUCAGGCAUUGUCCUGAGCACCGCGAUCUUGAAUGUCGAGUGCCUGUCCAUCCAGAUGCGGGCCAUCAUGUCAACUUUAAUGGGUUACUUCUAUACCUGUGGCCAGUUCAUUCUGCCUGGCCUGGCCUAUGCCAUCCCCCAGUGGCGCUGGCUACAGUUAACCGUGUCCAUUCCCUUCUUCGCCUUCUUCCUGUUGUCCUGGUGGAUACCAGAGUCUGUACGCUGGAUGAUCCUCUCUGGAAGAUUCUCGAAGGCCCUGAAAAUACUCCGGCAGAUGGCUGCCAUCAAUGGCAAGAAGGAAGAAGGAAAAAAACUCAGCGUGGAGGAGCUCAAAUUGAUCAUGCAGAAGGAGAUCUCCUUGGCCAAGGCCAAGUACAGCAUAGCUGACCUGUUCCAGACACCCAACCUGCGCCGUGUGACCUGUUGUCUUUCUCUGGCCUGGUUUUCCACCGGUUUUGGCUACUACAGUCUGGCUAUGGGUGUGGAAGAAUUUGGAGUCAACCUCUACAUCCUCCAGCUCAUCUUUGGUGGGGUCGACAUCCCAGCCAAGUUCAUCACUGUCCUCUCUAUAAACUAUCUAGGCCGACACAUCACCCAGGCCAGUUGUCUACUCCUGGCAGGAGGGUCCAUCUUGGCUAUCAUCUUUGUGCCCUCAGACUUGCCAACCCUGAGGACAGUCCUGGCUGUGUUUGGGAAGGGCUGCCUGUCCGGCUCCUUCAGCUGCCUCUUCCUCUACACGACCGAGCUAUACCCCACAGUCAUCCGGCAAACAGGUAUGGGCGUAAGCAACCUGUGGACCCGUGCAGGAAGCAUGUCAGCCCCGCUGGUGAAAAUCACAGGGGAGUUGCAGCCCUUCAUCCCCAGUAUUAUAUUUGGGACCAUCACCCUCCUUGGAGGCAGUGCCGCCUACUUCUUGCCUGAGACCCUCAAUCGGCCCUUGCCAGAGACUAUCGAAGACGUGGAAACCUGGUCCUGGCGGGCAAAGAAACCAAAGCAGGAACCAGAAGCAGAAAAAGCAUCCCAGAGGAUCCCUCUGCAGUCUUCUGGACCGGGCCUGGACCCCAGCUGA